UGCCUGGAGGUGUCUUUAUGCAAUGGCCUCACGCCACAGCUCCUCACCAGUGCCUCAGCCCAACGCCGGCGAUGCUUUCUUCAAGAAGGAGCUGGAGGCCGCCAAGUGCUUCCGCCCCGCGCAGUCACUGCCCGACGUGUGCCCCAAGGAGCCCACAGGUGAUCCCAGUAACCUACGUGACAGCCCAUCUCUAGUUGUGGACCAGCACAGAUGGACUAUCUAUCAUUCCAAAGUCAAUCUCCCAGCAGCACUAAAUGACCCUAGGUUAGCAAAAAGGGAAUCUGAUUUCUUUACAAAAACAUGGGGAGUGGACUUUGUGGACACUGAAGUCACGCCUUCAUUCUACCUCCCACAGAUCACCAAGGAACAUUUUGCAUUAUACCAACAGGAGAUCACUCCGAGAGAGAAGGUUCACGAGAGAGGCAAGGAUGUUUGUGCUGCUAAGGACCCCUUGGACAGGACUCUGUUGCACACCCACGAUAAAUCCAGGACAGAUCUGGAACAAGUACCUAAGAUUUUUAUGAAACCAGAUUUUGCCUUGGAAGAUUCCUUAACAUUUAAUGCCGUUUUACCAUGGUCUCAUUUUAGUACUGCUGGUGGCAAAGGAAAUCGUGAUGCAGCUUCCUCCAGGUUACUCCAAGAAAAGCUGAGCCAUUACCUGGACAUAGUGGAAGUCAACAUUGCCCAGCAGAUCUCCCUGCGCUCAGAAGCAUUCUUCCAUGCAAUGACCUCUCAGCAUGAGCUGCAGGACUACCUCAGGAAAACCUCCCAGGCUGUAAAGUUACUGAGAGAGAAGAUCUCCAAAAUCGAUCAAGUGAUGUGCGAGGGUUCCCUGCGAGUGUUGAGGCUCUCUCUCACCAGGAAUAACUGUGUCAAAGCCUACAACAAGCUGAAGCUGAUGGCUACUGUGCACCAAACACAGCCCAUGGUACAGCUGCUGCUCUCAACUUCUGAGUUUGUUGGAGCUUUGGACUUGAUCUCAACGACGCAGGAGGUACUCCAGCAGGAGCUGCAAGGCAUUCACAGCUUCCGGCAUCUUGGCUCCCAGCUUUGUGAACUGGAGAAGCUGAUCGAUAAAAUGAUGAUUGCAGAGUUUGCCACUUACGCUCGCAACGAUUUAAACAGACCCCUGGAAGAGGAUUGCCACGUUCUGGAAGAGGAGAGACUGGUUUCACUGGUGUUUGGCCUUUUAAAGCAAAGAAAGCUAAAUUUUUAUGAAAUCUAUGGAGAUGAGAUGAUUAUUACUGCAAAGAACAUCAUUAAACAGUGUGUGGUUGACACGGUGUCCCAGAUAGAAGAAAUCGACCCAGAGGUGGUUGUGAAGCUUGCAGACCAGAUGAGGAUGAUGAAUUUCCCUCAGUGGUUUGAUUUGCUGAAGAACAUUUUUUCCAAGUUUACCAUUUUCCUCAAGAGAAUAAAGGCAACCCUAAACACCAUCCGUAGCGUGGUUUUCUUGGUUCUAGACAAGAACCAGAAAACCAGGGAGCUGGAGGACACCUUGCACAAGAGCUCUGCCAAGGACAGCACAGUGGACUCAGAGGUGGCCUACCUGACCCACGAGGGGCUGUUCAUCAGCGACGCCUUCGCCGCCGGGCCCCUGGCACCCGGCGACGCUGCCGCGCAGAGGAACGGCUCCCCCAGCAGCGAGCCCUGCAGCAGCGACUCGGUCUCCGAGCCGGAGGGCACCACCGAUUCCUCCUCCAGCAAGGAGCAGACGUCCUCCUCUGGCACCCCAGCAGGGGUGGAGAUGAUGAUCAGUGAUGACAUGAAGCUGACUGACCUGGAACUGGUCAGGCUGGCAAACAAUAUUCAAGAGCUACUUUAUAAUGCUUCUGAUAUCUGCCACGAUCGUUCGGUCAAGUUCCUCAUGGCAAGAGCGAAGGAUGGCUUCCUGGAGAAGCUGAAUUCCACCGAGUUUGUUGCCCUGUCGCGACUGAUGGAAGGCUUCAUCUUGGACACGGAGCAGGUCUGUGGCAGGAGGAGCAUGUCCCUGAGAGGAGCACUCCAGAGCCAAGCCAACAGAUUCGUGAACAGGUUCCACGAGGAGAGAAAGACAAAGCUAAGCCUGCUCUUGGACAACGAGCGCUGGAAGCAAGCUGAAGUUCCUGCCGAGUUCCAGGACCUUGUGGAUUCGGUGUCAGAGGGCAGAAUUUCUCUCCCUGACAAAAAACCAGCAGCUGCUGAAGAAAGAAAGCCAGCUGAAUUCCUCGUUGUUGAAGGACAGAAAUACGCCACUGUUGGGACAGUCCUGCUGCUGAUAAGAAUCAUCCUGGAGUACUGCCAGUGUGUGGACAACAUUCCUUCCAUCACCACUGACAUGCUCACCCGCCUGUCCGAUCUGCUGAAGUACUUCAACUCCAGAAGCUGCCAGCUGGUGCUGGGAGCUGGUGCACUGCAAGUCGUUGGCUUGAAAACAAUCACUACAAAGAACCUAGCCCUCUCCUCCCGUUGCCUGCAGCUAAUCGUGCACUACAUUCCUGUUAUCAGGGCUCACUUUGAAGCUCGGCUGCAGCCCAAGCAGUUCAGCAUGCUCAGGCAUUUCGACCACAUCACAAAGGAUUACCAUGACCACAUAGCUGAGAUCUCAGCAAAGCUGGUUGCCAUCAUGGACAGCUUGUUUGACAAACUAUUGUCCAAGUAUGAAGUGAAAGCUCCUGUUCCUUCAGCGUGCUUCAGGAACAUCUGCAAGCAGAUGGCAAAGAUGCAUGAAGCCAUCUAUGAUCUCCUGCCUGAAGAGCAAACCCAGAUGUUGUUUUUACGAAUCAACACAAGCUACAAACUUCACCUGAAGAGGCAGCUGGCCCACCUGAACGUGGUGAAUGAUGGAGGACCUCUGAAUGGGCUGGUGACCUCAGACGUUGCUUUUUACACUGGAAACCUUCAAGCUCUGAAAGGCCUUAACAACUUAGACCUAAACAUGGCUGAGAUCUGGGAGCAGAAGAGGUGAUGAUCCGCUGGGAGCGGCGGCUUGGCGCCGCCAACAGACACACUUUCUUCUGGGUGGCGCUGACGACUGUGAGGUGAAUCCUGAAGUCCGAGACAGGCCACUAUU